AAAAACAAAAAUUGUGAAUAAAAAACAAAAUGGCGGAGAUUAAAACUAAAAGUCAUGUUUAAUUCAUGUUUUUGUGUAUAAAAUAAGAGUUAUUUCAUGUUCAGUGGCGGUGCGGAGCGCAGAUUGCCAAUAAAUGUGUAAUCGAUGGCCCGUUGGCGUUAAGCACCGCUUUUCCUGCGGUAUUUUUGACCGUCCUGACCCGAAAAUGCCACCAAAGAUCACCAGCAAUACAAAUCAACGUAAAUUACUACUAAAUCAUCUUUAAAUAUCAAAAUAAACAUGGCGAUUGAUAUCCUGGAUGUUGAUCACUUCGCCAUCAGUGCGAUUGUGACGGUGGCGAUGCAGAUCAUCUUCUUCAGCAUCUCCGCGGCUUUCCAGACGGAUAAAGUUUCGGAUUUUGCUGGAGGAAUCAAUUUCAGUAUUCUAGCAUUACUCACAUUCUUUUUGGGACAACUUGGAAAGACUGACAAAACACAGAAAGGUUAUGAUAGCCGGCAAUUAAUGGUAACCGUGUUUGUAUGUCUCUGGGGAGCUCGAUUAUCCGGAUAUCUGCUUUAUCGGAUAUUAAAAAUCGGUCGAGAUAAACAAUUCGAAGAUAAACGCAGCAAUACAAUUCGUUUUGCGAUAUUUUGGACGUUUCAGGCUGUUUGGGUUUAUGUUGUGAGUCUUCCAGUGAUUAUAAUAAACUCGCCAAGACAUUCAAUUCCUAAAGUAGCAAAAACAAUGACAACUUUAGACUCAGCUGGCACUGGCAUGUUUUUCGUCGGUUUGCUAGCUGAAACCUACGCUGAUUUACAAAAGUUUUCCUUCCGGCAAGAUCCAAUCAAUCGUGGCAAGUGGUGUAACGAUGGACUAUGGAGAAUGUCACGCCAUCCAAAUUAUUUCGGUGAAAUUGUCGUCUGGUGGGGCAUUUUUGUCAUAUCAUUAAAUGUGAUUGAUGGCUUUGAAUGGAUCGCCAUUGCGUCGCCAUUGUUUACAACGUUUAUAAUUCUAUUUCUAUCUGGGAUGCCAGUAUUAGAAAGAUCAUCAGAUGAUAAAUUCGGAGACAUAUCAGAAUAUCGAUACUACAAGCAAUCAACAUCGCCACUAAUCCCGAUUCCGCCAGCAAUUUACGUCGAAGUACCACGAUUCUUGAAGUUUAUCAUUUGUUGUGAAUAUCCACUGUAUGAUACAGUGGAAGCUCGCAUGAAGGCAUCGCAUAUUGUUAAAGAAUCCACCUGCGGGUCGUUGGCGCAGUCGCAGACAUAGCUAUAGCUGUACGCUAGCCGUGAGGCUAGCGGUUCUCGGAUCAACGUGAAAGGCCAGCAGGGCCAGCAGGCGAGUAAUCAAGGACAGUCAAGUACAUGUGUUCAACAAGCUCCAUCAUCUGGAUCGAAUACUUGUCAAAUUACAGCGCUGUGAGCUAUGAAAACAGCCCACAAACGAAAAACAAUUGCAUACAUGCAAUAAAUACAAACGAAAAACUGAAAUAAUUGAAUUUUACGAUUUUAACAUGCGAUUUAAGAUUUAAGAUACUAAAUCUAAUCAAAACUUUGAACGAAAAGUUUAAUACAUAAUUUAAUUACUUCCAUAACGUUAAAGUUACUAUAAGUAUUAAAAAUAUCGAUGAAUUGUUAUCAAGUUAGGCUACACUCUUUACAAACGUUGUUUGCACUUUGUUCAGAUUCAUACAUUUACAUUAUACAGGCCUAGACGGUUGAAUAAUGAUUGUUAUGACUUAUAUUUUUGUACAGUAGGUAUUCUAGAGUAUGUAUUGAUUAUUUAUAGGUUUGUACUGUUACAAUUCCAACGCAUAUCAUUUUAUAGCCGUUUCUUAACUCUUAAUACCACUUAGACGAAUGUUAAAGAUAUCAGCGUAGAUGGUUAAACAUUAGCAAUAGUAUAAUCAAACACACAUCAACAACAAACUCGAAAUAUGUAAUAAAUAAAAAAUUAAGUAUUCC